UCAUAAUAAUAAAAUGAAAAAUAAAAAUAAGUAUGCAGGCAACCUUUUUUAUUCAUGCUAGAGUCUGAUUGCUGGCCAUGGUUUGCCACGGUUGCUAGGUUGUAACCAGGGACUCUACAGCGGGAAGACGUAGCUGUCAGUUGAAGAGAUAAUGUCGGAAGCCAAAAAAGCUAAAACUUAUCACUUUCAUCGCGAGUGGGAAGAUGAUUACUUUUUUACUUUUUCAAAUUCAAAGUCGGUUUGUCUGAUCUGUAAUGCUGCUGUGGCCAUUCCGAAGAAGGGGAAUUUGGAGCGACACUUUCUUACGGUUCACAAGAAGUAUGCUAGUGACUUCCCGGCGAGAUCAGCUCUACGGACUGAGAAGGUUUCUGAGCUGAAGAGACAACUAGCCGCAAAGCAGGCAGUGUUUACGAGACCUGUCAACAAGAGUAAAGCUGCCACGGUAGCGUCUUACCGUGUCAGUAGAGUUCUGGCAAAGCGAAAAAAAAGUUUUAAAGAUGGCGAAGUUUUCAAGGAAGCUUUUUUGGAAGCCGCUGACACGCUUUUUGCUGACUUCAAAAACAAGAAAGAGAUCGUGUCCUCUAUUGAAGAUAUGCAGCUGUCCAGGAACACCGUUACAAGGCGGUGCGAGGCCAUGUCAGGGGAUAUAGAACAGCAGCUACAAAAUGACAUUGACGCCUGCCUUUGUUUUUCCUUGCAAUUUGAUGAGUCGACUGAUGCUGUGGAUGUGGCGCAGUUGUGUGUUUUCAUUCGGAUGGUUUUUGGCGACAUGACGGCAAAAGAGGAGCUCCUGACCAUUUUGCCUUUGAAAGGGCACACAAGAGGGUCAGAUAUUUUUGACACUUUUAUGGAGUUCGUCAGCAAGUCUAAUCUACCUCUCUUCAAACUGACAUCCAUCACAACUGAUGGGGCUCCAUCUAUGGUUGGGCGCACUGCUGGGUUCGUUGCUCUGUGCAAGCUUUCGGAAUCUUUCCCGGAUUUUUUGAGCUACCACUGCAUCAUUCAUCAACAACAGCUGUGCGGCAAGAUUUUAAAUAUGAAGGACGUCAUGGAUGUUGCGAUGAAGAUCGCUUGCUCUGUUCGGGCCAGGAGUUUACAGAGGCGUUUAUUCCGUGCCCAGCUGGAGGAGGCAGGUGCAGACCACACAGAUCUGCUGCUGCACACCGACGUCAGGUGGCUGAGCCGUGGCAGAUUCCUCGAAAGAUUUUUGGAACUUUUGCCCGAAAUUAAAGAGUUCCUGAAACACUCAACAACCCAUGCUGUUGCUUAUUCCCAGCUGGAUGACGGUCAGUGGCUCACUGAUUUGGCCUUUCUCACCGAUGUCACCAAUAAGAUCAAUGACUUGAAUCUCGAGCUGCAGGGGAAAGGAAAGCACAUCGCCAACAUGAUCAGUUCAGUGAACGCAUUUAAAACAAAGUUACGCCUGCUGUUAAGCAGGUUGCAGCGGUGUGACCUGAGGAGUUUUCCACACAUGGAGGCAGAGCUCCGCCGCCAGGGCAAGGAAAGUGUGGAGCUGUCAGAUGCUUAUGCGCAACAAAUUCAAAGCAUUCUAUCGGAGUUUGAGCGCCGGUUUGCGGACUUUGCUUCCAUUGAGCCCGUUGCCCAGUUCCUAUGCUUUCCAUUUGCAAAUGUUGAUGUUGAUUGCAUUGCCCCCCAAAUAGCCACGCUCUUCAGCCUGGACGGCAGUGCUGUGGAGAACGAAAUUCUUACUCUCACAAAUGACAUUGAGCUAAAAGCAAGAGCAACACCUGGCAUAAGUGGCGAAUUUUGGAACCUGUUGCUGGAAGAGAAGUAUCCAAGCCUCAGACAAUGUGCACUGAAUAUGUCUUCCCUUUUUGGAUCAACAUAUUUGUGUGAGUCUGCCUUUUCUCACAUGAAAAUCAUCAAGUCGAAGUACAGAACGACAUUGACUGAUGACCACCUUGCGGCCUGCCUAAGGCUGGCGCUCAGCUCCUACCGCCCGGAUUAUGAGAAGCUUGCUGACUCCUCCCAGUGCCAGAAGUCUCACUAAGUUGAAUUUGAAUCCAUCUGCCGGUUUCUCUGCCAGUGCCAAUGCCCCGUUAAGCAUUCUGAAAUACUG